AUGGACGAGCUGGAGGACCUCCUGUCAGAUCUCCAGAAGCAUGCGAAACCUUUAGUCCGCAGUUUGUUUUCUGGCUUGCAGGAGGGAGCCUACCCGAUGGUGGGCUCCCGAACUGCCGUCGCUGGUGGUGUGAUCUCGUACGGAGAUGACUGGGUGGACCUCAUGGCCAUGUGGUUUGUUCCUGGUUCUGGCUUUGUGCCCCCGAAGAAUGACAUGCCCACCAGGGUCCGGAUUCAUGAUAUCCUCCACAGGAACCUCCAUCUGUGUCCAGGUGCUCAAAUUGUUUGCAUUGGAGACAAAGAGCUGGGUUCACAUGAGCAUGAGCUUUUCCUGCAUGAUGCGAAGAUCUGCUUCCGACCAGAUUUUGAUCCUGCGCUUCCAUGGGAUUGCCUUCACAAUUUUUGUGGAGGCUUCAGCGGCUGGAGUCAAGCUCUUAGAUGGUUGGACCACUCUCGAGAAAUCUGCUUAGGCCAGGAGAUCUUUGUGGAUUGGGAUCCUCAGAUCAUGAAGAUUUGGAGCAUCAAGCAUGGCCUGCCACAUCGCCUCCUUCCACUUCCUAGCAGGGAGGCUUGGUGUCCGGCAAAAUUGGUCGGCCUUUGUGGAUGUGUCAGCGAUCCCUCCAUCAUCGAGGUGUGCCGAUCUCAAGUAAACCUGCUCACCACCAUCUCUCCGCCCUGCCAGAGCUGGAGUAAGGGCGGACGUGGACAGGGUCUGAACGAUACCAAUGGCCAAGCAUUCUUGGAUGCGCUGGUGCAGGCCUUCUCGCUGCAAGUCAUUGCCAUCGUGGCAGAAUGUGCAGAUGACACUGCAGUUCAUCCGCAUUUUAGGUAUGAGAACCGGGAGGUGAAGACCAAUGAGAUCAUCAGAUCACGAGCGCCGAGUAGUGCCGACAUCCUCCCUACUCUGUGCGCUGCCUACACGCGCCAACACCAGUUGGCAGAGCAUCAUCUCAAACAGAAAGGACCUCAAGACCUGGUCACACAAUUCCAUGCCAGGAAUGAAGACAUUCGAGUUUCGAAUCAGACCACCAUUGAGCACAUUGCACGCCAAGAGUGCACCUUUCGACUUGCCAUUGGGAAUGCCAAUAUCGGAGAUAUCGAGAUUCGCUCCGUGCCUUCCACUAAGGUCAUCGAUGAUUUCCCAAAGGAUGCUUCGCCUCUCGAGCUCCAGAUUGCGACCAAGCACUUUGAGGACUAUGUUUGUUCGGCUCUUUUCUGGGCUGUUCAGCAGGUCGUCGAAACACUGCAAGACGACAUUCAGCCCAAGCCAUGUGCUGCAUCAGUCGUUAUUUUGCCGGAGCAAUUGGCAAUCACAACUCGUAUGUCUGAGGCAAGUGGAAUGCAAUUUCUGCAGAGAAUUUCAACAUUGCCGGUUUUCAGCAACCGAAACAAGAGACUUUGCCAAGUUCCAGGGGAACCCGAUUCCUUCCUGCUUAUCUCAGCUGUGCGAGAUUGUGAAGAACCAGUCAAUGUUGAAGUCAUUGUGCGAUCAGACCAGGGUUGGACCAGCGGUGCUUGCGUACCUCCAGCAUCUUCCUCUAUCCAAUUCCGCGGUGCUGCCCAAGAUCGACAUGAAGUCGCCAAAAUCAAUGGUGCGCCCACAAGCGAUUUGCAGCGUGCCCUCAAGUAUGGUGAUAUUCUCGACAUUUGC